ACAACAUGAUUUUUUUUUCUUUUUUUUACCAGUGAUAAACAAAUUUAGUAAAUGUAAUAUUUAUGUGCAUUUAACUUUGAAUACUGCUGAAAAAAAACUAUCUUUUGGACGUAAAAAAAUGGGGGAAAAGUCCACCAAGAAUAGUUCUGUGAGUCAUAUUUGGUCAAAACUCCACAUUUAAAAAGCUGAACUUGUGUUUAUUAAGAUACAGAAGAAAACUUCAGCUUUUUGACUAAGGUGUGGGGAUGCUGAUAUGUUGGUGUACCUGUCAGGUCUGUGCAGCUUUUUCCAUGUUUCCAGUCUGGGACGAACAACUAUUGGAGUAGUAUUCUUAAUCUAACUCAGGUGGGAUUAUGAUGGGGGGGGGGCAGCUUCCUGGUAACCUUGAAACGACCUAAGGUUGGAGCGCACCCACCUGUUCCGCCAUCAGUGGGGCGCAGGGAAAACAACAACAACAACAAGGGGGUCCAUGGAAAUGCAGCCUUUGCUGUGUAACCACGGCAACUCCUCCCUCCAAUUGAAAUACCUACACCCCCAACAGCAUCACAGGGGGCAGGAGAGGAGGAAUGCGUUGACUUUAUGGCAAACCAUACUUUUAAAAGGGGAUUUAUGAGACCUUUGUCUUGCCAUACCUGGGUGCCGCUCACCUGCGUGUCAGAUUAACACUCAGUUCACGCGCUGAGCACCAAUUUUUGCCUCAUUAUCAAGAUGAUUCUCACCGGGUGAUUUAUAUACACCCUCCAGCCUCCUCUUCAUCCUCCUCCUCCUCCCUGUGUCUCAUCCGAGACGGGAGGGAUGCUGCCGCUCCUGCAGGGGGGGUGGAGGCUGAGCGCACUUGGGAGUGCAGUUUUCUCACCCCCCCUCCACUAAAAAGCUCCUCCUCUGUCGUCAGUUAGCGGUCACAUUUUCGCUCAAUGAGAGCAGGAGCGCACCGGAAAGGAUUUCCUGAUCUCAACGUGCCACCGUGCCGCGCGCUCGUUUUCUCGCCUCUGCCAAAGAGGCUACUAUGAAGAGACCAUCUGGCAAACCAGACCCUGGAAAGCAAUCCGAUUCUUCAGAACUCAUUUGAAGCAGACCGAACCAUGCACCGCGGCCGGUAAAACCAGCUCCCCGCUGUUCUGACGUUAAGAGUGAGGAAGCCAGACAUGGGCGCAGAACAACCCUGCACGGACUCCCUGGAGCGGAUACAGCUCGGCCGGAGGUGUCUGCGGAAAAAGCUAAGGCCCGUUCGAAUCUUGGGGUUUGUCUUCAGCUUGGUGGCCUUAAGUGCUGUCUCUGUCAGUGCCUUGACCUGGAGCUCAGAUGGGGUUAGUGAGCCAGCGCUCCCUAAGGAGGGACGCCACCAGACGGCCCCUCACAGGACCCUACUUUUCACCCACAACCAGAGGGACCCCAAUGUGUCAGCUGACAUGCCCAUAGCCAUGAGAUCCACAGCGGGCGACAACGAGAGUCAGGGCGAGUACCCGCCGGACCUCUUCACCCUCAGCGAAAGGCGCCAAGGAGCCGUGGUCCUCCACAUGUUCGGCAUGAUCUACAUGUUCAUCGCCUUAGCCAUCGUGUGCGACGAGUUCUUUGUCCCAGCCUUGACGGUAAUCACAGAGAAGCUGAACAUCUCGGAUGACGUGGCAGGCGCCACUUUCAUGGCGGCAGGCGGCUCGGCCCCGGAGCUGUUCACCUCCAUCAUCGGCGUCUUCAUCUCGCACAGCAACGUGGGCAUCGGGACCAUCGUGGGCUCGGCCGUCUUCAACAUCCUCUUCGUCAUCGGGAUGUGCGCCAUCUUCUCCAAGGAGAUCCUAAACUUGACGUGGUGGCCGCUCUUUCGCGACGUAUCCUUCUAUAUCCUGGAUCUGAUCAUGCUCAUCAUCUUCUUCCUGGAUAACAUCAUCUCGGUGUGGGAAAGCGUCACGCUGCUCUCCGCCUACGCCGCCUAUGUGAUCUUCAUGAAGUUCAACAGCAAAAUGGAGGGCUUUGUCAAGGGCUGUAUGCACAGGAACCAGGUGGUGGAAGUAGAGGUGCAGCCCAAGGAUGAGAAGGCGAGUCCCGGGGCGCCAGAGGAUGAUGGCAAACUGUCGGCCAGGCCUCGCCUCCAAAGGGGGGGUAGUUCUGCCUCUCUGCACAACAGCUUGAUGAGGAACAGCAUUUUCCAGCUGAUGAUUCAUACACUAGACCCUUUAAGUGAAGAAUUUGCUGAUUCUGAGCUUGGAACUUAUGGGAAACUAAAAUAUUAUCACUCAAUGACUGAGGAAGGUAAAUUUCGAGAGAAGGCCUCCAUUUUGCACAAGAUUGCGAAGAAGAAAUGCCAAGUGGAGGACAGCGAGAAGGCCAACGGCGUUUCAAGCCGUGCAGAUAAGAAUCUACCAAACAGCUCCAGCGUGGAAGUGGAGGUGACCCCGCCCAUGAAUGGGACGGCCGGGCAGGAGGGGGAAGCGGCUGAAGAUGAGGAAGAGGAGGACCAGCCUCUGAGCCUGUCAUGGCCCGAAUCCAACCGCAAGCGCUUUACUUACCUCUUCAUCAUGCCUAUAGUCAUCCCCUUGUGGAUAACGUUGCCUGAUGUCAGAAAGACGUCAUCCAAGAAGUUCUUCCCAGUCACGUUUUUGGGUUCCAUCUGCUGGAUCGCAGUGUUCUCCUACCUUAUGGUGUGGUGGGCUCACCAGGUUGGAGAGACUAUUGGGAUUACGGAAGAGAUUAUGGGCCUGACUAUUUUAGCAGCUGGUACCUCCAUCCCUGACUUAAUCACCAGUGUCAUUGUGGCACGCAAGGGUCUGGGCGACAUGGCUGUUUCCAGCUCUGUGGGCUCCAACAUCUUUGACAUCACUGUUGGAUUGCCGUUCCCCUGGCUCCUCUGGUCCUUCUUCAGCGGCCUGAAGCCGGUAGAAGUCAGCUCCAACGGGCUGUUUUGUGCCAUCGUGCUCCUCUUCCUCAUGCUCCUCUUCGUCAUCAUCUCCAUCGCCGCCUGCAAGUGGCGCAUGAGCAAGCUCCUGGGCUUCAUCAUGUUCAUGUUGUACUUCGUCUUCCUGGUGGUCAGCGUCAUGCUGGAGGACAGGGUGAUCACCUGCCCGGUGUCGGUCUGAGCGCCCGUCGCCGAGCUUCACCGCCACCGCCCCAACAGCCAUCCGUUUCGUCGCUCCCAACUGACCCCUUUGCACCAGGAAUAAUAAAAAACAAAAAUAAUUAUACAAACCAUAUGAGAAUAGCAUAGAAAUAUUUUAAAAAGUGACAUUUUUCCUGCAUUUUUAAUAAUUACUGUAGGUAGUGCCAGGGUGUGGUUAAACCAACAAGGGCGAGAGACCUUGUCUUGGCCGGUUCACAAAGUGAAUUUUGUUUAAUAUUAUUAUUAUUCCACUGGCAGGUAAAAUGGGGGGACGUAUGCCAAAAAUAGAAGUAUUAUGCAUGCCAUUAGGUUCUCUAGAAUCAAGUGAUGAGGACUCCUAAAGCAAAUGCAGUGACUGAGCUGAGAAGGUGAAGGCACACACUGAGUGAACAUGAGAAUAUAUGGAGAAUGGGUGUUUUGAGCGGAAUUUUUACUUUUAGUGUCUUUUUUUUUUUUUUAAACUUCAGUAACAAGUCCCUAUCUUUCCUGUCAGCCACCACUGAACGUUUCCUUAAGUGAAUUUCUAUUUUUGGCUUCACCAUGACUAGCAAUAGCAUACUGUAGCAUUAGCAGUAUUAGCUAACGUGAAGCCAUCUCGACAAUCUGCUGUUUUGUUUUUUUUCCACUGAGCACACACGUUCUGAUUUUAUAGAACUGGUCACGCGUCACAUGCACUAAUUUAAAACAAAAAAAAAGGUUAAAAAAAAAGCCAAAUUACAGUUUUUGAUUCUGAAAUAUGCUAGCCUUCAACGUGUUAUGCUAGUCGGAGGAAGAAAAAAAAAAUGCAUGAGUACUACUAGGCUCAUUAGUGCUCCAUAAUAAAGUCAAUGUCAAAAAAACACAUCUGAAGAGAACUUUACAGUGUUUAGGCGUCAUGGUUGACUUAGAUUAGUCAAUGUUUAGUGCUUCGUUCACCGUAGAACUUGGCUCAAAUCACCAGCUAGCUAGUCACGCUGCUGGAGGUAGAAGGUUCAGGUGUUAACUGCAUGAAAAACUAAAUAAAUAAAAGGACAUUUGAAGGCGAAUACUAGCCUAUCAAUUACAUUUAAGAAGUUGUAUACCAAAAUGUAAACUUUUUCAACGAUGUUUCAUGACUACUUAAUGCAAAACAGUGCUUGAUCUCUACGUAGAAGCUGUCAACAUGUAUGGUCAACGAUAUCUAUCAAAUUUGUGCAAUUUCUUUUCUAAUCAAAGGUGCUUUGGUGUGCAUGUGUGCAAUCUGCAUUUGGGGAAAACUGUUCCUUCAACCUAUCCAUAAGUAGAGACAGAUUGAUAAAUAUAUAUAUAUAUAAAUAAUAUAUAUAUAUGUAAACUUCAACAACAAAUCUGUGUUUUAUACUGCAUACAAAUCAUAAUCACAAGCUACAUAGAAUGUGGAAAAUCACAGACUUUACAGCAAUAUACCAUGUGUCGUCUGUUCCCACCCCAGCUGUCCUCUUAUUGUCCAAGUCCCACAUUUUAAAGUGGGCGCCAGUUCUUCAAAAAAAAAAAUAAAAUAAAAUAACCCUUUUCCCUUCUUAGAGCUGGCCAGGAAUACCUGCUUUUACCUCAACACAGCCUCUGUACAGCAGCUUCAUAGGAGUUAUCUGUAAAAUAAUAAUAGUGAAAUUGAUUCUCUGAAUGUGUAAGGUCAAAUGCAUGCGAGGAUUCUGGGCUGGUUACCCACAGACUGUACAGCAGAGCUUAGACCAACCGCGUACUGUACGUUGACUUUUUAUGCAUCCAUUCAGAGAAAAAAACGCCAAGUACUCGCUGGUUUUAUUGUUGUAAAUACAAACCCCACUGAUUCUUUAUUAUUGUUUUCUUUUUUUUCAGCAGUUUAAAUGCUUCACUUGUACUCGUUAUGCCUUUUUUUGCUCUAUUUAAUGGGAAAAAAAGACUUUAGUAUUGUACGCAGAUGGCCCUUUAGUAUCAUCAACGUUUUUAGACACAUUAAUUUUAAAAAAUGCCUUUUAGUUUGUUUUCUUUUAUUGGACAGUGAGAGCUUCAAAUACCAUAUUGCCUCCUCGGAUUCACCGAUUCACAACAAAAUACAGUAACUAGCAUAAACGCAGCCCAUCAAUGUAACAAUAAUGAGGAGUCAAUUUAUGGUCUCUGUGAUGACUCAUGUACUAUAAAGGCCCACACAUUCUGGCUACAGUUUCUUUAAAAGAAUUCAGGAGGAAAAGUUCCAAAAUUGGCUUUUAAACAUUGAUUAAUUUGUUUACGAAGCUUAAGAAAAAUCUAAUUUGGUGGGUAAUAUGGUGUCCUCAUAUUUGCCCAUUAAUACUAUACAUCAAAGCAAAUACGCCUGUUUUUAAACAAUUUGAAUGUAAUAGUGGAUUAAACAAAUCCCCAAAAAUGUACCUUUUUUUUUGUUUCUCAGGCUGCUCUGGUCCAAACAUUCUUUUUUUUUUUACCCAUAUUCGUCUAUUUGAAUGAGACCAGGAAUGCAGAAAAAGGCAAAGAAAAAUAUCAAGUGGCUUCAGCACACGAGCGUGGCACAAAAAUGUCGUUUUACCAGGGUAAGAGACUGUGAAAGUGAACCACUGAUGAGCAUUCUUGCACUGUAAAUGUUCUUUUUUUUCUUGGUGUUAAUGUAAGAUUCAUUUAAGAUGUACAUACGCUGUAUACAGAUACAAAUUAACCAUAUAAUCUAUAUGUUUAAAAGAAAUAUGUCUCUUUAUGUAAAAACACAAAGUAUAUAAUACAAAUAAAUAAAGAUAAUUCAACUAUG